AUGUGUAGCUUUGGUCGCACGCCCGAGCGGCCCUCCCUCGGCCUUGGCUGUUGUGGCUUCUUAGUCCAGAUCAGCACGGGCCUGGGCAACGUGACGGAGGCGCUGCAGUCGGAGCGCGCCGAGAUCGCCUUCUACCUGUUCACCAACGGCUCUGUCAUCCGGAGGAACCUGUCGGAGCACUUCGCCUACACCAACUCCCUCAUCGACAACCUCAAGUGGCCCAAGUUCCGCAUCGAGGACCCGCUUUUCAAGAACAAGAUCCUGUUCCGCAUCCGCCUCGACGACUUCCGGGACAAGAUCACCAAGUUCGACACGCCAUCUAUUGACGCCGGGAUAAAGUUCUACAACAGGGCGAACUAUAUCUUUCUGGACCAGGUCACUGACUACAUAAAAUAUACGGCUUUAGCAAACUAUAUCAUGCUACUGACUACAAAAAAUUAUAUCUGUGUCCACAAAUACCGUGCCACUGACCACAAACGUAUUUGCCACCGACUACAAAACAUGUGUCUCCUACGAUCCUCGAAAAUCACAGGCUUCCCCCCACACCCACAGCUGACUCGGGAGAUCAAGGAGAAGGACAGCUCGGGCGUGUGGCGGCCGCUGCUCGCCUACAAGAACCUGAUCCGCGCCAUCGAGCACCUGGGCAUCUCCAUGGUGUUCGGCGAGGAGUACUUCGGCAGGGGCGACCUCGACCACACCUCCUACCUCAACUUCGUCACCAACGACGCGCUCGGACAAGAUUUCCUCAAUGCUAGUAAGAGCUUCGCCUACUGGAUCAAGGACAGGUACCUCCAGCUGCAGCAGACAUACCCCUGGUACUCGAACAUCACGCGCCGACGCCAGGAAAUCAUCAACAGGGUCAAGAUCGAGCCCGACUUCGACAAGGCCACCGAGUACUUCUACGCCAUGCUGGGCUACCUGGACGCCCUGCAGAAGAUCCAGUACGAGAUCCGCACUAGGAUCGAGGAGACCAUUCUGUCGGAGGUGACGUCGUCCAACAGCCACGUGGUGGUGGGCAUCGCCAUACUGGCUGUUGUGCUCCUCAUUUCGCCUGUCAUCAUCGUCCUCGUCAGGAUGGUGACGAGGACAUUACAGGCCUUCACGGAGACCCUGCAGUACAAGACGUACGAGCUGCGCUACGAGAAGAAGCGCUCGGACAAGCUGCUGUACCAGAUGCUUCCGCCGACGGUCGCUCAGCAGCUGAAGCAGAGGAAGCAGGUGUCGGCCGAGACGUACGAGUCGGUGACCAUCUACUUCAGCGACAUCGUGGGCUUCACGGAGCUGGCUUCGGAGAGCACGCCCAUGCAGGUGAUCUCGCUGCUGAACGCCCUCUACAAGAUGUUCGACUCGAGGAUUGAGCUCUACGAAGUCUACAAGAUCGAGACGAUCGGCGACGCGUACAUGGUGGCCUCGGGGCUGCCGCAGCGGGGAGAAGGCAAGGACCACGCGGCCGAGAUCGCCUCCAUGGCCCUGGACCUCCUGCACGCCACCGAGAACUUCGUGGUGCCGCACAUGCCCGGCGAGCGCCUGCAGAUCCGCAUCGGCAUCAACACGGGCCCCGUGGUGGCGGGCGUCGUGGGCUCCAAGAUGCCGCGCUACACCCUCUUCGGCGAGUCCGUCAACAUCGCCUCCAAGAUGGAAUCCACCGGCCUGCCCUUCAAGAUCCACAUCACGGCGUCGACCAAGGAGGCCCUGGACAAGGUGGGAGGAUUCAUCAUGAAACUCCGCGGCGAGAUGGAAAUUAAGGGUAAGGGCUCCAUGGAGACGUACUGGCUCAUCGGGAAGCACGGGAAGCUGCCCGAGCGCCGCGUCGAGUCCGACCGCGAGGAGGAGAUCGACGUCAUGGCCGAGAACCCGCACACGGACGCCCGCAGGAAGCAGCGGAAGGCGCAGAAGAAGAAGGAGAGGGAGAACAAGGAGAAGUCCACGGUGCGCAGGGCCAUCGACUCCAUCAAGGAGCAUCUGCCCAAGUGA